AUGCACCUUCUAUCGCUUCUCCUCCCUUUGAUCGCCCUAAAAGUCUCUGCCACGGAUUCAAAGAACGAAAUAGGAUUUGAUUACUUCAUCCCAUUUCAACCACCAUGCAUCCCCCGAAGGUUCUGGAUCGACUGCACCGAGAUUGAACCCGGCAAAUGGAUACCGGCCGAAGAACCUAUGACGAAUAUUCCGUUUGUAGAAAAACGUAAUUGCCAAUACGAGUGGGGGGUGUCGGCUUGGGUUCCGUUCAACAAUGGCAAGUUGGGCAACAUAGGGUGCUUCUAUGAGAAGAUUAUGAGGAAAGUUGUGAUUGAUUAUACUUCGUCGUGUUGUCCGCCGCCCUGGAAGGAGGAUAUAGAGAGCGAAGAGCAAAGUAUCAUUAAUAGCUUGGACGCAGGUUUCGAUCCGGAGAGUGACUUGAACGAUGACAUUUACUCGGGUGGUGGGUGGUCUGUCGACACCUCCACCUGGGAGAGCUUACAUCAGAAGUGA